AUGGCCUUUGCAGCUGGAGCAGCAGUUACGAUCCCAACGAUCAGCGCGUUUAGCACGGUUGCGUACUACGCCAAGCAUCCAGGCGAUGGCGACAAGAGCGGCAACGGACAGCAGAAGCAAGCGAUGAGGUCGUCGAUUUCGGGAGACUCUGACGCGCAUCGCGAGUUUAUCCUUGACGACGAUCCCAGCGAGUUCUCGUCGUUCUCGACCGGGCCGGACUUCAGGUCGGCCGGCCGCAUGGGGCGUCGCAAGUCAGCGCCCAUGUCGUCGUCAUUCAACGCACAGAGCACCGUCAAGCCGGACCACAGCCUCCUUGAGGACCCGGAACUUCAGGUGUGGCGGGACCGGUACAAGUGGGGCAGAAAGUACGGGCUCAACUACGCGCAUAACGACAGAUGA